UGCCACUUAGCUACGCAGUUGUUUGUGUUAUCGGAUUUGUUGGAAUUUUCCACUACGGAGUUUGUCCAUAAUAAAAUAGUGAAUUGAACCGUGGACUGGUGGAUAUUAUACUAAACAAGAACCGGAACUGAGCUUUCUGUGAUACAGAUUUUCAACAAUUUCCUGUGGUGUAGUAUAGAGUUCAACCGUUUUUUAUUUUGGACUUUGGGGAGUGGAUGGGGUUAACCGUAAACUAGCUGUUAGCAUAUUUUGCCCAGAUUAGCUGCUGGUGCCCGGAGCAGGUUUAGCCUUUCGUUGUUGAGAUGGAGUUUCAUGGAGUUGGUGGGGGAACAGGUGGAGUUGUGGUGAGCGGCGGUAACGUCCCGGCCUUUUUAACUAAAUUGUGGACCCUCGUGGAAGACCCGGAGACCGACCCUCUUAUCUGCUGGAGCCCGAGUGGAACUAGCUUCCAUGUGUUUGAUCAGGGUCGGUUCUCUAAAGAGGUUCUACCAAAGUUUUUUAAACACAACAACAUGGCUAGCUUCAUUCGGCAGCUCAACAUGUAUGGUUUCCGUAAGGUGGUGCACAUCGAGCAGGGCGGCUUGGUGAAACCAGAGAGAGACGACACAGAGUUUCAGCAUCCAUACUUCAUCAGAGGGCAAGAGCACCUGCUGGAGAACAUCAAACGUAAAGUCACUAAUGUGUCAUCAGUCCGUCAAGAAGAAAUGAAGAUCUCAACAGAUGAAGUCAACAAAAUCCUCAGUGAUGUCCAGCAGAUGAAAGGAAAACAGGAAACUAUUGACUCCAGGAUCAUUGCCAUGAAACAUGAGAAUGAGGCUUUAUGGAGGGAGGUGGCCAGUCUGAGACAGAAACAUGUUCAGCAACAGAAAGUUGUCAACAAGCUGAUCCAGUUUCUGGUGUCUCUCGUUCAAACCAACAGAAUCAUUGGAGUCAAGAGGAAAAUUCCUCUGAUGCUCAAUGAUUCCAGCUCUGCCCACUCUAUGCCGAAGUAUAGCCGGUCCCUUACAAUGGAGCACAUUCAGAACGCAGCUGCCAAUCUGCUCGCUGCAGACUCGACCUUAAAUUCUGGACCGAUCAUCUCAGACAUCACGGAGGAACCCCCUUCCUCCCCAGAAGAAGCAGUCGCUGACUGGACUGACCUAGGCGAGAACCAUGCAACUUUCAUCAAAGAGGAACCAUCCAGUCCCGAGGUGGAGGAGUGUCCUGUUCUUGAGGUUGAGCAGGACUCCCUCCCAGCAAACGAAGACACCCCUCUCUCCCCCACCACCUUCAUCAACUCUAUUCUUCAGGACGAGACACCGCCGACGCAGGUCACGUCCUCCACCGCCACCACAGCUAAUUCCACCAACACCCCAGCAGCCAUCCCUGUUGUUGUGGUGAGCCCUUCCACCACUGGGGUUCCGACUCAGCCAGCUCAAACCAUCAAAUCUCCGGCCCCUGUUGCCUGCUCCAAUCCUGCUUCGGCCCCCAGCCCCGCCACACCUAAACAGAAAUGUCAGACCAUCGCCCGUCUAGACAGGUUCCUCCCCCCACCUCCUGCAGGUGGACUCUCACCUGAUGUUUGGCGCAUCCUAUCGAAACUUCCUGAAAAGCAUGAACUCUCUGACCACGUCGACAGUAUUGACAACGGCUUAGAAAACCUGCAGAGUAUUUUAAACUCUCAAACCUUCACCUUUGACCCGUCUCCCUUCAUGGAGUUUUUCAGUUCAUCCGUUCCUUCUGGAGACUUUGACCUUGAAAGUUUGGAUAAUCUGCUUUCUGAUGAAGUCCCUAAAGAAAGUGAAAAUGGAACAGGGAAGCAGCUGGUGCAGUACACUGCCGCACCCCUCCAUGUGACCGAGCCAGUGGUUCUGGGGGAGGCAGACACUGACCUCCCGUCUCUUCUGGAGUAUGAGACGGAGCCGCUGUUUAACACUGACACGGCAGCGGGCGACCCACCCGAGGUCUUACUGAGUCCCAGCCAACUGGACUCUAGCCUCUAACACCCUCAAGAAUGUAAUGACUCCUCAGUAACCACAGGGCACUGAGCCCCAGCUCAGCAGCAGCAAUAGACAAUGACUAAAUUGAUGGGUUGUAGAUCAAUCAUUAGGUCAAAGGUCAUGUUUUUAUCAAGCAGAUGUUAUUAAUCGAUAUUAAUCCAUUUCUAUACUCUAGGAUUAUUUUAGGUUUUAUUUUGUGUUUGCCACCUAAAUCGAGACCUUUCUUUGUUUCUUGUUGUACAAAAAGAUGAAAAGUAAAAAAAAGAAAAAAACUGUGAGAAUCCUAAUAAAACGGGGUCACAUGUACCUGCUGGUGUAUUCAGGGACAGAUCUGGGAGCAGACGUAGUACAUAUGAUGUCACAGUAAAGGUGAGCCAGGAGCAUGUGACCCAGACGCUUUCUGCUCUGCAUGUUUAAGUCGAAUUUGCUGGCUGUUUUUUUUUUUCACUUGUAUAAUUUAAACAUAAAGAGAGAAUCAGAAUAUUUUUGGAAAAGUUUAUUACAGAGUGUUUAAUCGUCCUGUUUGUCCAUCAUCAGUGGAAGCAGCAGAAAGGGACGCUUUGAUUGAGAUCUGAACAGAUUUCUCUGUCCUCACGAGCCAUGCUGCAGGUUUCCUGCAGAUCUUCUGACUAAGUUUUAUCUGGACCCCUGAUUAGGCAUGGGCCAGUAUAAAAUUCCUAUGGUAUGUAAAAAUACCACUAUGCACACAAUUUAAAACAACAACGUAUGACAUUAUCUAACUGUUUUGAUUUAAAACGAUGGCGGCAAAUAUUUCCCUGAGGCUCAAACUUACUGCAUCGAUGUUCUCUAUUAAAAUAGAUUUUUUCCUUUUUAAUGCAUAGACUUCAGCUGAAAUGUAGAAUAAAAACUUGCUAGUUUCAGUAAUUUAUUUCCAAUAUUUAAUGUACAAUAAGCAUUUAAGUCCUUAUUGUACCAAAUACUCCUUUAUGUGUCUUUAUUUUUAUUUUUUUGGCAACUGAUGGUAAAAGAGGAAAGGGGUUCUGGAGUUUAAUGUGUGCCAGCUUAUUGCCGGAGUGCAGCAGCAUGUAGGGGAGGGGUAGCACUGCAUUACUCUAUGUAGCUGGUGAAAAUCUGUCUCUUCUUAUACCUUAUGUUUCAUCUUCUCAAAAAAA